AUGCAGAAAUCUUCCUUGACAACACCGACGGGGCAACUCACGGAAGUGCCGCCUUAUGGCACGCUCGGUCAAUUUUCCUACGCUCCAGCCACACAGACAACGAUUGUGACGACUACGACGACAACUACGACUUCUUUUCCUCCCCUCAUGAUUCGGCCGCCUCGAAAUGUCGACGAGCUGGAUCCCAAACUCUAUCCUCUAGCCGCUUCGCCGACGCCCAGUUCCAUUCGACGAUUUUGUUUCAAUCAUGGCGGAAUGCCAACUUUUUUUCGUGAAGCCGACGAUCCCACUGAUGAUCUUGAAAAGAUGAUACAGGAGGAAUCAUCCCUUCGCGCAUCAAACGGCACGCUCCGAACAGUCACCAAGACUGAGCCACGAUUCGAAACACCUCGAACACGCCAUUCUCGGCCAGCAGCAUCGCCGGCUCGCCUUGCUGCUGCCCCCCAACAACCUCUUGUGCGCUCUCGAAAACGCUCCGCCUCUCCCGUUUCGAUCUCAGAGGCCGCCAACAUUGCCAAAUUACAACGAACGCAUAGCAGUCGCCGGGACGUCUCAGGCGGCGUCCCGGUGCUACAAGCGAGGAAUGACCGACUGGAGAAGAGACUCGCUCACUCGAGGACAACCAAGCCUCCCGCAACGCCGGAGACAGAUCCUGGCAUCGCCAGCCAAUCCGAUGUGAGCCGCUCGCAACGCAGCUCCUCGCGGCGAUUUGCAUCGCAACCUUCUCAACUUCAGAAUUCUUCCCUUUUCGAUCUCAAAUCGGAUCCCGAAUCAUCUACAAGCCUCGACGCACCGGCCUAUGGCGAGGGUGGCUCGGGUGACGAGACGGGCAUGUCUCAGGAAACUUUGGGCAAUGCGGAGACAGCGGCGGUCGAAGAACGGCCUACAUCUUCCAUGACUGUCAAUCCCGCUGGCACCGCUACACCAGAUACGGAGGAGGAUCUGAGUACUCUGAAUGGAGCCUCGAGGGGCCCAUCCCAUCGAACUCGUGCCGCCCGCCUUGCUUUACUCGAUACCACGGCAGCACAAGAUCUUAGCCUGCCUAGCCCGAGCCUUUCCCCGGUCACGGCUGCCGCAAAUCUGGGAAACAAUGACGAUGUUGAUGCGCCUUCGCUGUACGAGCCCGAGGACACUCAAGUCGCAUUACCGCUCUCCCCAAAGUAUCCGACUCAAUCGACAAACUCCGAUUGGCUAUCUACGUCUACGGAAGAAAAGGGCGAUCUCGUCGAGCAAAAGGCCGUUUCGAGCGACCCUGCAAAUCAGCAACAACUUUCUACGCCUACAUUGAUGGAUAUCCCCACAAUGUUGGACUCCUUCGAUGUCAUGGCCGACGAAAUGAAGACGUAUAUCAUGUACCAGCUCCUGCGUCGGUGUGCUAAAUCUACAUUGCACUUUGUGGCGGAGACAGUCAAUCCAGCACUCAAGUGCGACUUUUUGGGUCUUCUACCUCUUGAGUUGAGUCUGAAUAUUGUCCGAUAUCUAGAUCUGAAGAGCCUGUGCCGUGCCGCCCAGGUAUCCAAGAAAUGGCGGCACAUUAUCAAUUCGGAUGAGAAGGCUUGGAAGGAUUUAUUCGACGGCAACGGCUACACGCUUCCCGAUGGAGAACUUAAACGUGCUAUCAAGGAAGGCUGGGGAUGGCAACACCCCAGUGGUGGGCAUGAUUUUGAGAGGGAUCUCGGUGCAGCAAUAGGCUCAGACAGCGAGUGGUCAACAACGUCGUUAGCGAACUCGGUCGCGUCCGCCACAUUAGUCGGCGCCGCGGAGGUCGCUUCUGCCGCCGCUACCCCAUCAAGCACGAGACGUAAGCGCAAGGCAGCAGCCCCCAAGGCAGCCACUCGCCGGCAACCUAAACGAAAGAGCACUGCUAGAGAGUCGGCCGAGAGGGCACAAUUUGACGGAUAUCUCGAUCAGCUUGCUGCCACUGAAGGCCCUUAUGCUGCCGCAGGCGCUGCUGCUCUAGCUGUUCCAAAUCCUCCCAUCGGCUUACCGAGCCUCAAAAACCUGCAUCUCUUCAAAUCCAUCUACCGACGACACCAUAUCAUCAGAAGAAAUUGGAUGGAUCGCAAGUCGAGGCCAAGCCAUUUGGCUUUUCGCGCCCACCCGCGGAAUGUCGUGACGUGUCUGCAAUUUGACACGGACAAGAUUCUCACCGGCAGCGACGACACGAACAUCAACGUAUACGAUACCGCCACCGGCGCGUUGAGGACAAAACUCGAGGGUCACGAGGGUGGCGUCUGGGCAUUGCAGUAUGAAGGAAACGUUCUGGUUUCUGGAUCCACGGAUCGUUCGGUUCGCAUUUGGGAUAUCGAAAGAGGCGUCUGCACGCAGAUAUUCCAGGGUCACACUUCGACGGUUCGCUGCCUCCAAAUCCUGAUGCCCACUGAAGUCGGCCGCACUUCGGAGGGCAGACCCAUCAUGAUGCCAAAGCAACCCCUGAUUAUUACUGGCUCUCGUGAUUCGAGUCUGCGCGUAUGGAAGCUCCCCCAGCCGGGCGAUGCCACCCUUUUCCAAACUGGUCCUUCGGCAAAUGACGCCGAAAACCCCUUCUUCGUCCGAGCCUUGACUGGCCACCAUCACUCGGUUCGCGCGAUCGCCGCGCAUGGUGACACGCUCGUUAGCGGAAGCUACGACUGCACUGUGCGUGUGUGGAAAAUCUCCACGGGCGAGACGCUGCACCGAUUGACGGGUCACACGCAGAAGGUAUAUAGCGUCGUGCUGGACCACAAGCGCAAUCGCUGCAUCAGUGGUUCGAUGGACUAUUUGGUAAAGGUCUGGUCGCUUGAGACUGGCUCGCUCUUGUUUAAUCUCGAAGGCCACACUUCCUUGGUGGGUCUCCUCGAUCUCAAGGACGACCGACUUGUUUCUGCGGCUGCCGAUUCGACUCUGCGCAUCUGGGAUCCGGAAACUGGCCACUGGAAGAACACGCUCAGCGCUCACACCGGUGCUAUUACUUGCUUUCAGCAUGAUGGUCAAAAAGUCGUCUCGGGAUCUGACCGGACAUUGAAGAUGUGGAAUGUUCAGACUGGCGAGUACGUACGGGAUCUUCUGACCGAUCUGAGUUGCGUCUGGCAGGUCAAAUUUGACGAGAGACGAUGUGUGGCUGCUGUUCAACGGAAUCACAUCACUUACAUCGAGAUUCUCGACUUUGGCGCCACACGGGACGGUUUCCCAGUCGAAAAGCAAGGCCGACGCAUCGUGGUUGACGUCAAGGGCAAGGAAAUUACCGAUGCCCCAGACGGAACCAUAGAGUUGGAUAAUGGAACAGAAGAUUAG